GCCGCUAAGGCGCGCUAAGGCGCGACCCUCUCCUGCCGGGCCAGGUAGGCAUCUUCUCGGCGGACCAGAAGAUCACGUCGGACGUGGCCCGCAGCCGCAAGGUGGGCGUCUCGGACAUCCGCGCCGAGGAGGCGGCCUGCCUGCUCAUGACGGGGCCCGAGAUCGUGGACUACUCCAAGGAGAGGCUGGCGGCGCUGCUCAACCGCUUCCCGGAGAUCGUGUUCGCCAGGACGUCGCCGACGCAGAAGCUGCUGAUCGUCGAGAGCUUCCAGAGCCUGGGCCACAUCGUGGCGGUGACCGGGGACGGCGUCAACGACUCGCCCGCCCUCAAGAAGGCUGACGUGGGUGUGGCCAUGGGCAUCACGGGCACGGACGUGUCGAGGGACGCCGCCGACAUGGUGCUGCUGGACGACAACUUCUCCUCCAUCGUGGCGGCCGUGGAGCAGGGCCGCGUCGUGUCGGACAACCUGCAGAAGUCCAUCGCUUACGUGCUCACGUCCAACGCGCCCGAGAUCGUGCCGUUCGUACUGCAAGUGGUGCUGGCCAUCCCGCUGCCGCUGAGCAUCGCGCUGGUGCUCGUCAUCGACGCCGUCACGGAUCUGUGGCCCUCCAUCUCGCUGGCCUACGAGCAGCCCGAGGAGAACGUGAUGCGGCGCGAGCCCCGCGACCCCUACACGCACCGCCUGGUGAGCGGCCGCCUCCUCGCCGCCGCCUACCUCCAGGUGGGGGGCGUGCAGGCCGCCGCCGCCCUCGUCUCCUACUACAUCGUGUUCAUCGACCACGGCUUCAACCCCGGCGCGCUGCUCAACACCGGGCCCGACUGGGACGACCCCAACGUCGCCAUCACCGACUCGUACGGCCGGGUGUGGAGCGAGGACAGGCGGCAGGUGCUCCACGAGAUGGCGCAGACGGCCACCUUCCUGGCCAUCGUGUGCACGCAGAUCGCCGACCUGCUCAUGUGCCGCUGCCGCCGGGACUCGCUCGUGUCCAGGGGGUGCACCAACUGGCAGCUCAACUCGGCCAUCGUGUCGCAGGUCAAGGCAACUCCCACACACACACUCGUAACGCGCACACACACGGCAGCACACGCCUGAAACAGCGAGGAUCGAUAUCAACCCUAUUCCGGAACCGCGUACACAUAAGACAGAAUUCUUGAUGUCGUCUUCGACUCUUCCAGUGUAGGCGUUUCCUUCUUUCAUUUUCCGGAGUAUUGAUGAGCGCACCGCGACAAGGGCCUUGGCCGACGCGGUGCACUAGUCCUGGCGAACGCUGAACCCAGGCAUGUCAUCGUGACGCGAGCGCGAGUCCGCACAUGUUCGGACACCUGCCAUGUAAUCGAAUAUCAAAACAAGCAUCGUUGCGGAAUUUCCUAGGAAACGAUCGAAACCGGUGUACAUCGUUUGUCCGUCCGACGUUUGUCCGUCCUGCCGACUCUGGUGCAAACCGGGCCGAACACACACACACACACACACACACACACACAGCCAUUCGUUGCCACCUGCAGUAGGACCAAGUGACGCGCGCGAGUCGGAAUAGUACCGCACAAACAAGGCGCCAGGCGCAUCGCCCCGGCCGCCGCCGUCACGGCCCAGUCCCUCUCCCUUCCAGAUCCUGCUCAUGUGCGUCGUCAUCUACGUGGAGGACGUGAGCGACCUGAUGCGGGUGCGGCCGCUGCCGCUCAAGUACUGGACGCCGGCGCUGGUCUUCAGCCUGCUCAUGCUGGCCACGGACGAGCUGCGACGGCGGCACAUCAGGCGCCACCCCGGCGGCUGGGUCCAGAAGUACACGUACUACGACUGACCGCACUGACCACCCGCCCACUGACGGCAGCACUGUCAGCGCGCAGCAGCUGAGACAUUCCGACUAUAAUUGGCAGCCCUGCGUCAAGCGCGGCAACUUCGGCGAACAGUCUGCACUGACAGACCUGCCGUUUGUCUCACCUGCAAAAAUAACCACUCGCGCUAUAAAAACAUAUGCCAUCUGUUCGAACCGGCGAGGAAUUGUUUUGGGAGGCACGAAGAUUCGAACGCAGAGCUGUGUCAAGAGUGACCAAAAAUCUUUUGCGCAUGCGCGUCCAAGAAACUAGAUUACUUGCAGUAGACAAGUUUUUCCGUCUUCUGAAAACGUGACCACGCGGUUUAUGGCGGAGAUAACACCGCGACCCGCGCACGACAAGACAGCGCGGCGCGCGGCAGGCUUCCCAGAAAUGAAUGGCGCGGCGAAAGACGAAAGGCAAGGCGGUUUGCAUAUCCUUCGUGUCCUGGAAACAAUGGCGGGGACGCGCUGCGAACCCGCGGCAAUGGUGAUAAUGAACGUAAUCAAGACAAGUAGGCCAACAGCAAGUACGCCUCCACCAAGAACGGCGACUGCGGCAGCAUAUGCUGCACCUCCAGGGCGGUCGGGGACCCGUAUGGAAAAAAUCGUCUGCGAAUGCAUUGCUUGGUGCCGUUGCAGUUAUGUCGACCCUAACCUCCCUUGAAGUACUGUCGACCAUGCCUAGGGGGCACCCCUGGGCCCUUGUUGCAGUUAUGUCGACCAAAUCAUUUGUUGCAUUUAUAAUGUUUAUUUGAUCUAUUUUAUCUUACGGAGGUUGGUGGUGGUUUCGUGGUGGUUGCGGUGGCUGGUAGUGCUGGUAGUGGUGGCUGGAAGUGGUUGGUAGUGCUGGUUCUGAAGUGAAGGGGAUUGAGUUUUAGAGGGCGGAGGGCCCCGAAUUGGCGGCACUUUAAAAAGUGGAUUUCCAUACCAUGCAAACAUUCCCCUCA